CGUUAUCAAACUAUAUACAGUAAUUGAGUUUCGCAGAAAAAUUAAAAAAAAAUCUUUUUAUUGAAAUAUUUGGAUUUGGAUUAUUUGAAUUAUAAAGUAUAUUUAAAACUAACCACAUUUUAUUGUUCUAGGUCAGUUGACUAGUGGCAAGGCACCACUAAAAUCUCCAUUUCAUGAGACAUAAAAAGGGGAUCUAAGAGGAAGAUGCUUCGUCCUAAGAUCACGACCAUUGAAGGCACUAAGCAGCCAUCAAUCUUCAGAGGACUCGUCUUAGCCAUGCUUUCAGGCGUAUCGUUCUCCAUCGUCUCGGUGAUCGUUAAGCAUAUGAGAAAUCUUCAUCCAGGUCAACUGGCUUUGUACAGAUUCAUCGCUACGUUUUUCAUGACAAUGCCACAGACUGUUAAAACUAGGCAGAAUCCUUUUGGUCCUCGAAAAUUUCGCCAUUUUCUUAUACUUCGGGGAAUAUUUGGUGGACUUUACAUUUUUUUGAAUUUCAUUUCAUUUCGAUAUUUAGCUCUUGGAGAAGCUAGUGUGAUAAUCUUCAGUUCUCCUGUCGUUGUGACUAUUUUUGCAAGAGUAUUCUUCAAAGAACCUUGUAAUAUUUUUCAGUCAAUAACUGUUAUACUCACAAUUAUAGGGAUCAUCUUCACAGCCAAGUUGCCAUCGCGGCUAACUGAAAUACCAAUUGCUUAUAGUACUGAGAAAAUAUAUGGUAUUUUGGCAGCCAUAGUUUCUUUGUUUUGUGUAAGUGCCAUGCAAUUACUUGGCAGGAAGACUAGGAGUGUCCACCAGUCCAUUAAUAACUUUAAUUAUGGUUGGGUGACAGUUUUGGUGACUGUAUUUCUGACAGCAAUAUUUGGAAAUUUCAAGUGGCAACAAUGUGGUAUCCAAAGUAUAUAUGUUUUAUUGUUGGCAUUGUUUAGCUAUAGUGGAAUAACAUUUGUGACGAUGGCUCUUCAGUGCGAGUAUGCUGGACCAGUUACCACAGUGCGAGCAGCUGCGGACAUAUGUCUUGCAUUUUUGUGGCAGAUUUUUAUUUUUCAUGAUGUACCAGAUUUUUACGGUAUUAUAGGAGCCAUUUUAGUUUCAGUUUCUAUCAUCCUCAUCGGUUUAAAUAAGUGGCUUAUCAGUUUAGAAGGCAAUUUGUUUUCAUGUAAGAAAACAAAAGAUAUCUAAAAAUGCUCAAUUUACAUGGAUUUUGAUUUUAACAGAAUAAUUAUCCUUUUAACAAUUUUGUGGAUUUAAGUUUUGAUUGUAAAGAUGCAUUUUCAUAUUUAACUUUAUAUUCGCUUCCUGUUGAACUAGAUAUAAUAUUAUAUUCACAAUUUAAGAACUUAUUAAUCAGUACAAUGACUAAUAUAUUAAAAACUAAAAGAAAACAAUUAAAAAAAAUGGACAUUUUUUUACAAACAUUCUUGUAUUAGUAUGCUAAUAUGUAGAAUUAAUUUUUGAUCAAAAGUUUCGUAAAGAGAGCAAAGCAAACACAUGGAAGCAUGAGAUGAUGAAACUUAAACCUCAAUCAAUUCAGUAAUUAGCUCAAUUUGUAAAUAUUCAUUAAAAAUUGAAAUAUAUUAUUGUGAUUAAAACUUCAAUUUUCCACCAGUAUUUCCUGCUUUUGCAUUUUGGUUUUGACUCCUAUAUUUUAGUUUAAAACAUUAGUUAUUAUAUUUUAAUGCUUUAAUAAGAGUAUGUUUUCAAAAGUUUUAGUUAAAUAUUAUUUUUUGGAUUCGUUUUAAAUUUUCAGUGAGAUUAUUUUUAUCAUGGCCGUUGCAACGCAAUAAUUUGUAUUAAUUUCUUCUUUGAUGCAGUUAAUGGAACAUUUUUUUGUUCCAUUAACCAUUGUUUAAUAUUAACUAAAUUUAAUAUUAAAGAAGAAGAAAAAAGCACUCUAAAAUUGUUUUUGAAUCCACAACUAUAAUUAAUUGUGCGUCUGUUUUUUUUAAGAACUUUAAAAUGUAUAUGAAGUGAGAUUGUAAAUUCUCUCUCCAGAAAGAAGGAGGAAGAUAAAGCUGAUUUUCCAUGUAUAAUUCUAGUUGUUAGGCUUUGCAUGUAAUAUAGACAUCACAUAAAUAUUUUACUUUUCCUAAAUUAAUUUUGCUUUAAGAGGAGAGAAAUAACAAUUGGUAAAAUUUUUCUCUUCAUUGGUUAUUUUAUCAUAAUUUUAUAGCCUCUGACACAAUAACUUAAAGAAUAUUAAUAUUCCAAAAACAUUAAACCUUUGUUUCUUACGUCAGUCUAGUCGAUUUAUUUCGCCAGUCGCAUAUAAUAACGAGUAUUGGAAAGAGUUGCUUGAAAUGUUUGUGCCGAAGACAGUGAACGUGUUUCCACUCAAAUGAAACAGUGCUUCAUUACACAGUUUGGUUUCUAAGACUUUGUUUAGUUGUGUGUUCCAGUUUCGUUUCUCUGAAAGUUUUCAGAAUCGUGACAAUAUUUUCUUUUCGCUACAGGAACAGGACAAAUUUGAAAGGAUAUGUUUUGUCAUUCCUACCAGGAUUGACUUAGAAAAUAAAUGUAGGCAGUUUUGUUAAUUGAUGGCAACGCUGAAGUAAACAUGAAUAACCUGUAUUUGAAACAAAACAGCACAGCACAAACAUUAAACGAUUUUCUCUUCCGCCAUAUUUUCUCAAUCUCUUACUUCUGUUGCCACUCCCGAACAGAGAAACUUACCUCCCACGGAGUUUGAUCGUGACGCAACAGGUUUGGUACUGUUCUUUCGUUUCAAAAUAAUCUUCGAAGUGGCGGAAACCAUGUUUGCUUAGAGUAAAUAAAUGAUUCCAUAUUCACUCCCCGGAGCUAGUCACCUUUUUAUUUCUUCGUUAAGCCCGUGCUCAUUUGCUUAAUACUUUUCUUUACUCGUGUCGAUCACAUGAUAUAUCGGAGUGGUUCAGUAUCCUUAACUUUCUAGGGAUAUAAACUUCAUCUCACCAUCUCGUAUCAGGUUCCGUCGAAUGCAUGCUCAUUGCAUCAUUCUUUCUUUCAGAUUGAUCGUAUAAAUUGUGAGUAGAUCAUGUGUAUAUAAGGCGUAUAUAAGUUCAAAAAAAGAAAAUUUUCAACUUGCCAAUGCGUAACUUUUUAUGAUUUAUUAUACAUUUAAGAUGGUCGUAUU